AUGGCUACGCGUGCCCCUUCACACUUCGCAACCAACCUGCUCCGGCAAAUCGGCCGACGCGACGCCGCCGAGCUGACAAUAUGUCGGCGUUGCCGGCUUCGACCGCGCCGCAUACACACAACUGCUCGUUUGGCUUCGAGAGACCCGGCUCCAAUAACGCAACGUCCACUACCCCCGACUGUGGCGAGGACACGACUUCAACAAGCGCGAGUAGCUCCGCUAAGCUUGCUUGUCGGCGGUGGCCUACUCGCCUCCCUCCUGGCGUACAACCAACUCGGCGACGACAGACCAACUGCUACCACCACGCCCUUGACCGACGACCGAGAUCCAUCGCUCCCUCGCUUCCGCCUAGCCGAGAUACGCAAGCAUGACAGCUCAUCUUCCCAACCAUGGGUAACGUUCGAAGACAAAGUCUACGAUAUCACGGAUUGGGUUCCAGCGCACCCCGGUGGUGACGUGAUCCUCCGGGCGGCUGGCGCGGCCAUCGAGCCUUACUGGAACAUCUUCACCAUCCACAAGUCGCAACAUGUCCGGGACAUUCUGGAACAGUACCUGAUCGGGUACAUCGACAAGGCUGACCUAGGCCCGGAUGGCCUGCCAGCCGCCGAGACGAUCGAAGACCCGUUCGUGGACGAUCCGGUCCGAGACCCGCGGCUCAUUACACACACCGCAAAACCACGGAAUGCCGAGCCGCCCAACGAGGAGCUUGACCGCACGUUCCGCACGCCCAAUGAGCUGUUCUACAUACGCCACCACAUGUGGGUGCCCGUAGUGGACGAAUCGAAGGCGGACGAGCAUGUUCUCACGUGGCAGCGGCGCGACUACAAGUCCUUCGGCCCCAACGAGGGCGCCAACCCGGACUGGGACCGCGCCCUCUCCAUCCAAGAGAUGCCCGUCACCAGUGCCAUCACCGGCGUCUGGGUAGGCGAUUGCGUACGACGAGGGCGCGUCCCCUGGAUGGGCAGCAAAGAGAUCGCCCACGCAACGUCUCAACAACCGGAUCAAAGCAGCCGAAUUCUCGACAUGGCCGCCGUCCCUAAGAAGGUCGGCUUCACGCCCGAGUCCCGCACCUCCAUCCCGCCAAGCAGCGCGGAUACCCCCUGUCCCAGCGAAACGCCCGCCGAGCCCAUCGCGCUGCAAGGGUACGCCUACUCCGGGGGCGGCCGCGCCAUCGCCCGCGUCGACGUGUCCCUGGACGGCGGCAAGACGUGGGACCAAGCGGAGCUCGUCGACGACUGCGGCUCGGGCGACGGCAGCGGCGGCGGCGGGUGUUUCGGGAACAAGACAUGGACGUGGAAACGCUGGCGGUACGUGGGCAAGCUGCCCGUCCUGUCCCUCCCCAACGACGACGACGGCGGUGCUGCCACCGCCAACGACGGCGGCGCCGCGGCGGAUAAGGGCAGCGGGGGCGGCGGCGGCUGCCACGACCGGAGACGGCCCAAGCACUGCACCACCCUGGUGGUCAAGGCCACCGACGACGCGUACAACACCCAGCCCGAGAGCCACAGGGGCAUAUACAACGUGCGCGGCAACCUCGCGACCGCGUGGCACCGCGUCAAGAUCUGCCCGCGGUGCACGGACAACGGCGACGGCAAGGGGCUGACCUGGUCCACCGGCGAGACGUACGGGUGCGGCUUUAGGAAGGAGGCCGAGGAGGUCCUGGAGGGGAUGAGGAGGCAGGGGGCAACGCCCGGGAAUGGGGCUGCCCCUGGGGUGGGUAAGCAGUGA